AUGUGCAAGUCUCUCUGCUCCUCCUGCAUGAGGGGAGCACCAUUGGGAUAUAAGCUCCCGCUUCAUCCCACCUUCCCCUCUCACAGGCCUCGUUGUCCGACAUCCCGUCAUCAUCCUCUGUUCUGGCCCACGGUGCUUUGCGCUUCAGUCCUCUGUUACCUUGCUUGGUCUACCUAUACGAUGCGCUCAUCACUCCUCCCCAUCGCCGUCGGAGCUCUGCUCGCCCCGGUCGCCUCUCUGGCCCAGUUUGUCGGCGGAUCCGGUGGUAACACCACGGCUCCCACGUCAGGCCCCGACAAGGACGGCAAGUACUGGAUCUCCAGCGGCCACAUCAAGGCCUCCUUUAUUCGCUACGGUGCCUCCGUUUCCAACCUGAUCAUCAACGACAAGUACGGUAUCCCCCGCGACGUUGUCGCCGGCUGGGACAAUGCCACCUACUACCAGACCGAUCGCCAGCACCCCCAUUUCGGCGGUAUUCCUGGUCGCUACGCGAACCGUAUCAAGAACGGCACCUUUGAGAUUGAUGGAAAGACCUACAAGACCGACCUCAACGACAACAAUGGCCUCGACACGCUCCACGGAGGCUCUGACGGAUGGGACUGGCGCAACUUCACCGUUGUCUCUCACACCAACAACAGCAUCACCUUCUCCUUCACCGACCCUGACGGAAAGGAGGGUUUCCCCGGUGAAGUCGUAUCGCUCAUUACCUACACCAUUGUCGGCUGGAACUGGGAGUUCAAGAUGAUCGCCGUCCCGACCACCAAGAAGACGCCAAUCAUGCUCAGCAGUCACACCUACUGGAACCUCGACGGCUUUUCCAACAACGAGACCAGCCUGGUUCUCAACCAUACCCUUCACAUGCCGUACAAUGGUCAGAGAGUGGCCGUUGACAACAUCCUGAUUCCCACCGGCGAGAUUCUCGCCAAUGAGAAGGGCUCCGUCAACGACUUCUGGAGCGCGCCGAAGCAGAUUGGUGCCGACUUCUCCAAGCCCGAGCUCAAGAACAACUGUGGUUUCAACUGCACUGGUUAUGACAACUGCUGGAUCGUGAACCGCGACGGCCUAGGCCCCUACAACUGGCGCACCGAGGGAUAUGUCGCUCGCAUGCAGUCCGAGUGGUCCGGUAUUCAGCUCGAAGUCUUCACCGAUCAGGACGCCUUCCAGAUGUACAGCUGCGGCCAGCAGAACGGCUCUGUGGCCCUCAAGAAGACCCAGGGCCUGUUCGAUAACGCCAAGUUCCCUCGCACCAUCCCCAAGUACGGCUGCGUCGUGCUCGAGGUCCAGGAUUGGAUCGACGGUAUCAACAACCCCGCCUGGGGCCGCGGCAAGAAGCAAAUCUUCGAGCCCGGCGGUGACCCAUACGUCCUUCAGGCCAGCUACCGCUUCAGCAUCAACUCCACUUCCAGUUCGUAG